CAUUCCUUUAGAUUUAGAACGGCCUCCUUUACCACUUUUAAACACUGAUGGACUUUCUUGGGAUUAUCAAAAAUCGCCUAAGUUGGAAGAAGAAUUAAGAGUGCAUGUUCAGAAUCUAUAUAGUAUGUUUAAAGAAAAUAAACAGGAUAAAUCAAAUACACCAAUAUUUUUUAUAAUGUCUGGUGCUGGAUGUGGGAAAUCUCAAAAUGCAACAGAGAUUCCUAAAAUACUCCGCAGAAUAUUUGUAAAUGAUCCAGAGCUGGAAUCUCAUUUGCAAGAAGCACUCAUAUUCAACAUCCCCUUAGAAAAUGAUACAAGAAUCAACACGUCUAACAAAUUCGAUGCAAAUGUUGCAAUUGCUAAACGAAUGCUAUACCAGUUUCAGAAUCAAGGCCUUUACUGGACCCAAAUUCAUGAUGAUAUGCAGACCCUUUCAAUUAUUGAUAUUCUUAUGAGCUAUGAUGGCAUGAACAAGAAAUCAUUAUUCUAUUCUUUCAUGACAGAGAUAUCCAUUCAUGCCACAAAUAGAGAUUUACCCUUUAUUAUUGCAUGUUGCAUAGCAAUUUUAGCACGUCCAUUCAAUAAAAUGGUCACAGUUUCUCAUCAACAGCGAACUUUUCUUCCAAUUUGUUCUUUAGAUCCUCCAAAAAGAGAGGUAAAGCUAAUUUUUGAAGAUACACCACUUCUCAGGAUGUUAAUAAAUGAUAUGAGUGAAAAUGGCAGAGCGUUUAAAGCACUUGAAUCAGCUUUAAUAGAUGUAGAUAUCGAAAAUGACAGCUUUGUUUCAAUUGCGGAAAAAGUAUGUAAUAAACUUGAGGAUUGUUAUAAUGAAUGGAUUAACAAAACUCAUUAUCUAACACCUGUUCUUCGAGUUAUUCUGACACAUACCACUUUGAUAGCAUCAGUUCCCAUUCUUGGCACAAAUAUUUUACCGAAGGAACUCUCAAAACUAGGGCUGAUCAAAUUUUAA